AACAAUCCCAACUCAUCCUCCUGCUGUGGCCGGAUAUGCUGCUACGCGUCCCACGCUCUUUUGCGUCUCAGGGAAAGCGAGCCUACCAUGAUCUCGUCACUCUCCCAUCCAAGAAAGCUGUCGUCUCUCAAGGUCUUCCAGGAUAUAGCGCGGUGUCCGGCCACACCGUCACCGUCUUUGGCUGCACCGGCUUCUUGGGCCGGUACCUGGUGUCGAAAAUUGCCAAGCUGGGAACGCAGGUCAUUGUUCCGUACCGGGACGAAGACGAGGCACGGUUUUUGAAACCUAUGGGCGAUCUCGGUCAGAUAGUUCGCAUGGAAUGGGACAUCAGAAACGACGAACAAAUCGCGGAAUGUGUGAGGCAUUCUGAUAUCGUGUACAACCUCGUCGGGAGAGAUUACGAGACGAAGACCUUCGACUAUGAUUCGAUAAAUGUCGCUGGUGCAGAGAAAAUUGCUUCCAUCUCUGCUGAAUGCGGUGUUUCGCGUCUGGUUCACGUCUCUCAUUUGAACGCUUCCAAAACUUCGGAAUCCAAAUUUUAUCAAACGAAAGCGCUCGGCGAGGAACGGGUCAAAGCAGCUUUUCCCAGCGCUACCAUAGUCAGACCUGGUGCUCUGUACGGCUUCGAAGACAAGUUUUUGAACAGCAUUGCUAUCUCCCCAUGGUGGUGGAAGUUGAAUUCCGGUAAAACGCAGGUUCGGCCCGCCCAUGUCAUCGAUGUUGCGGAAGCACUGGCCAAGCUGAUGUCUACGCCUGAGCUGGCUUCAAGGACCUUGUCGCUUCCUGGCCCGUCUACUCUGAACUAUGAGUACUUGGUGGAUCUCGUUUCUGCCGUGACAAUCCGAUCUUUCCAUUCCUACGCACCCGAGUUGCCCCGAGCCAUUGCGACGUCCGUGGCAAAGGCUCUCCAGCUUGUUUGGUGGCCUUUGAUGAGCCCUGACGAGGUCACAAGACGCUUCAUGGAUGAUGUUCAAACCGCAGGAGAUUGGGCAGAAUUGGGAAUAAGCCCGGCAGAAGUCGAAACUCUUGCCCUCAAGUAUCUGCGUCGGUAUCGUUCGACCGACACUUACACUGCCCCUGUUUCUUACCCAACGCGGCCAUCCCUGGUGAGCUUCGCCGGUCGGUAG